GAGGAGUGCCAGAUUCUCCAGGCUGAGGCUGCCAGUAUGGGUGAAAACGUGAAACCACAGUGGGGUUAUCAAGAUUGUGUCAUCAAAUCUCUGCUGAGAUGGUUCAAACGGUCUUUCUUCCAAUUCGUCAAUAACCCUCCCUGCUCCGCCUGUUACAGCCCGACCAUCGCCCAUGGAAUGACCCCGCCUACCCCAGACGAAACUGCCCGUGGCGCAACCCGAGUCGAAUUGUACCGAUGUUCGGAUGCAACAUGCGGCGCAAACGAGCGGUUUCCCCGCUAUUCGGACGUCUGGGCCCUGCUCCAGACACGACGAGGACGGGUGGGUGAAUGGGCAAAUUGCUUUUCAAUGUUGUGUCGCGCUGUAGGUGGCCGCGUUAGAUGGGUGUGGAAUUCUGAGGAUUAUGUCUGGACGGAAGUGUACUCUGAACAUCAGAAGCGAUGGGUCCAUGUUGAUGCUUGUGAGGAGGCCUGGGAUAAUCCCCGGCUUUACGCUGAAGGGUGGAACCGCAAAAUGGCAUACUGCGUCGCAUUCUCCAUCGACGGCGCAACAGACGUCACACGACGGUAUGUUCGCAACCCAGCAAAACAUGGCAUGUCCCGCACCCGCGCCCCAGAGGAGGUCCUGCUCUGGGUCAUUCUUGAAAUCCGCCGGAUGCGCCGCGAGAACCUUUCCAAAGAGGAGCGUCGACGACUGAUAAAAGAGGACGAACGGGAAGAAAGAGAGCUGCGCGGUUAUAUGGCCCAGGCUAUCGCAACGGAAAUUAAUAACCUCUUUCCUAAUGGGCGAAUCAGUAAUAAUGGAAACGGCACCAACGGCAACGAUGCAUCCGCUGAUGAAUCGAAGGUGCCCGUUACAACACCGAAUGGCAAUGUGGAAUGGGUGAAUCCCACUCAGGGGCAGACGGGGCAACCAAACCCAGAUCGAUCAAACCAGGGGCGAUAACCUUUUGGAGUCGUGGGGUGAUGAUGCCUAUGUUACGCUUUAUUUUGCUCAAUUUUCCUACCCACGAUCGGAACGAUGAAAAGUUAUUACAACGCCACGACAAAGGCGUCCUUUUUUUCUAACGAAUGAAUCCUCGUUUAUGGUUGCUUUCCUUAUGGAAUCCAAAACCUCUUCCAAUGUCGACCCCGAACCCUCACACAUCCAAAAAAAUAAAAAUAAAAAAUAAAAAAAAAUGAAAGAUAGUCACAUCCCACCGUAUCCAUCCCGACGCCAUAUACAUGCCUUUUUUUUUUCCUUUAUGAAUUUUCUAACAAUAGGCGACUGGAGUGAGUCCAUUCGUGUCUGGCCAUAAAGUUUCUCGGCGUCGGAUACACUAAACAUUCAUCUAACUUCUCCCCAUCUCCCUAGCCUACCUUCUCCUUGCUCUAUCUCAAACCGCCAUUUGUUCUCGGUUCGCUGGAUGCCCUCUCCUACUAUCACACUUCGCUACACUACACUACUACACAUCAUAUUUCAUUUCCUUUGUGUCUUAUCCACUGUCCAUCCGAUUUCUGGGGGUCUAGGUUGGGGUUCGGGUUUUGGUCCCAGUUUUAUAGUUUUCAUCAAUGUCUCAAUCAUGGGUUUGAAGGCGUUCCUUUCUUCCUGACGUCUUUCUUUGCUUGGAUUUUCUUUUGUUUUGCUCUUUUUUUACUCUUUUACCCUUGAUUUUCUCAGCUUCUCUCCUUUUCUUUCUUUCUUCCUACUUUUGAAGCUAGCAUUAGCCCUUUACUUUUUUGUUUCUCUUUCAAUUCAUUUCAACUUUCUUCUUUUGCUAUUCCUUCUUCCUCCACACUCCUCUUUCCCUUUUCAUUUCUCUUUAUAUUUUGACACCGAUCAAUAUUUUUUUAUAUUAUUUUUUAUAUUAUUUUUUCUCUUUUAUGCCGUAUUAAUGAAAUGUUAACUAUACCAUAUAUCAUACCACAUCAAAACAUUUAACUAUUGAUAUCAGGUGAAAACAUCUAAAGCUUGUACAUAUUCUAUUAUUAUUCAGCAACAAGUAUUUACUAAAUGCAACUGUAUACAACUUGAUGUGUAUCUGCUUAUUUUAUAUUCACACUCAUCAGUGCAAAGUUAUUUGCGCUAUAUUCUCUCUCAAGUAGAGAGCAUCAUUAUUAUCUCUCUCAUUCAGCGGUUAUGAAUCUCGGACGGUCCAGGAAGACUCCAUUAGAAUUUGAGAAUAUUUGUUUGAUUCAUGCUAUUACUGAUAUUUAAUACUUUCCACAAUGCAAUAAAAUAAAUUAUUGUACACAGAAUAUAACUAAACUUCAGUUGAGAGAGAUGUAAAAGUCUCCCU